AUGAAUGAGAAGGAGUGCGCCGCCAAGUACGAGCGCAUGGUGUCGGUGGACGUAAAACUGGGACAGAUCGUUGUGAAGAACCCACGUGACGUUUCCAACCACGACGCGCCCAAAGUCUUCACCUUCGACUCGGUUUACGACUGGAACUCUAAACAGAUCGACCUUUACGAUGAAACCUUUAGGCCCCUGGUAGAAUCGGUGCUUCUCGGCUUUAACGGGACCAUAUUUGCAUACGGACAAACUGGCACUGGGAAAACCUUCACCAUGGAAGGAGUUCGAAACGACGUCGAGCGAAGAGGCGUCAUCCCCAACUCCUUUGACCACAUUUUUAAACACAUCUCGCGCUCGCAGAACCAGCAGUACCUCGUCCGGGCAUCCUACUUGGAGAUUUACCAGGAGGAAGUGCGCGACCUGCUCUCCAAAGACCAGUCGCGGCGCUUGGAACUGAAAGAGCGGCCGGACACUGGCGUUUUCGUCAAAGACCUCUCGUCCUUCGUGACCAAAAGUGUCCGCGAGAUCGAGAACGUCAUGAACGUAGGCAACCAGAACCGCUCGGUCGGGGCCACCAACAUGAACGAACACAGCUCGCGGUCGCACGCCAUCUUCAUGAUCACGGUGGAGUGCAGCGAGCUGGGCGUGGACGGAGAGAACCACAUUCGCGUGGGGAAGCUCAACCUGGUGGACCUGGCCGGCAGCGAACGGCAGACCAAGACCGGGGCCCAGGGAGAGAGGCUGAAGGAGGCCACCAAGAUCAACCUGAGCCUGUCCGCGCUGGGGAACGUCAUCUCGGCGCUGGUGGACGGGCGCAGCAGCCACAUCCCCUACAGAGACUCCAAGCUGACGCGGCUACUGCAGGACUCGCUGGGGGGUAACGCUCGUACUGUCAUGGUGGCAAACAUUGGACCCGCUUCAUACAAUGUGGAGGAGACCCUCACCACGCUGCGCUACGCUAACAGAGCUAAGAACAUCAAGAACAAACCGCGCAUAAACGAGGACCCCAAGGACGCCAUGCUCCGCAACUUUCAGGAAGAGAUCGCCCGACUAAAGGCUCAGCUGCAGAGACGGUCUGGGAAGAAAAAGAGGAGGAGAGGGGCGCACAGGGACCACAGCGAUGGGACCGAGUGUGAGGAGGGGGACACGGAGGAGGAAGACUCUGAGGACAAAGCAGAUUACUGGAGGGAGCAGCAGGACAAACUGGAGCGAGAGAGGAGAGCCAUCAUGGAGGACCACAGCCUGGUGAACGACGAAAAGCAGCGACUGCUCCGAGAGAAGGAGAAGAAGAUGGAAGAUCUACGAAGGGAAAGGGAGCUAGGGGAGCAGCUGGCCGCCAAAGUCAAGGCGAUGGAGAGCAAACUGCUGGUCGGAGGGAAGAACAUUGUUGAUCACACCAAUGAGCAGCAGAAGAUGUUGGAGCUGAAGAGACAGGAGAUCGCAGAGCAGAAACGGCGCGAGCGGGAGAUGCAGCAGCAGAUGGACUGUAGAGAUGAAGAGACUCUGGGGCUGAGGGAAACGUACAGCUCUCUGCAGCAAGAAGUGGAUAUUAAGACCAAGAAACUCAAAAAGUUGUUUGCGAAGCUGCAGGCUGUGAAGGAGGAGAUCCACGACCUCCAGGAAGUGCACAUCAGUGAGAGACAAGAUCUGGAGCAGACACAAAACGAGCUCACCCGAGAUCUCAAGCUCAAGCAGCUGAUCAUCGAUAACUUCAUCCCUCUGAAAGAGAAGACAAAGAUCGAGAGCAGAGCGUUCUGUGAUGAUGACGAGUACUGGAAGCUCCACCCCCUCACACGCCCCAACGAUGACCAGCACAUGUCCCGCCCCCUCUCUGCUGUCGGUUACAGACGUCCUCUGAGCCGACACUCGCGUGUGGCCAUGAUGAUGAAGCCAGACCCCAGAUACAAGGCGCAUGACCUGCUGAUGCUAAAGCUGGACCCUCCGUCCUGCAGCACCAGGGUUUACCAGGAGCCUGUGAUCGCUCCCACGGUGGCCGCUGCGCUGGAGGAGGCUCUCAGGGACGAGGAGGAGAUCCAGGUGGACGCCUCAGUGCUGGGCAUCCUCAGUCCUGCACCGGGACAGGGCCGAGCGAGCAGCGCCAACAGCCUCAAGAAGAGCUCUGGGCACAGGCCCAGGACGGGAAAAAAGUCCUUGACGCCCACCUCCUCAAACAGCCCCACCAGCCCCGCCCCCCCUCAGUACCCUCAGUCCCGCGGCCUGGUCCCCAAGUGA